CCAGGGUGUGAGGGAAUGGCUCCGAAAAGAGAAUCCUCUAUUAAGAAAUCACCUUCACCAGUGUCCCAACCGAGACUGGGUCCCCCUUACCCAAGCCUGCCUGCGACUGCUUCAGCACCGAAAUCAUCUCUGGACCAGAAACCAAGGAUGCUGCGUCCCUCAGAUUCACCGUUUGACCCCAGUACUUUGGAGAUUGAGUUUAACCUGGAUCAGAUUCAUGAGUUCAAGGAAGCAUUCCUGCUCUUCGACAAGACCGGAGAUGGGAAGAUCAACUUCAGCCAGUGUGGGGACGUCAUGCGGGCCCUGGGACAGAACCCUGUCAACGCUGAGGUGCUCAAGGUCCUGGGCAACCCAAAGGCUGAGGGUGAGGAGAUGAACAGCAAGAUGCUCGAUUUUGAGCAGUUCCUGCCCAUGUUCCAGGCCAUCGCUAAGAAUAAAGACCAGGGCUCCAUGGAGGAUUUUGUGGAGGGACUGCGUGUCUUUGACAAGGAGGGCAACGGCACAGUAAUGGGAGCAGAGCUACGUCACGUCCUCACCACGCUAGGCGAGAAAAUGUCAGAGGAGGAAGUGGAGACGCUGCUGGCAGGACACGAAGAUGCAAAUGGUUGCAUCAAUUAUGAAGCGUUUGUUCGCCACAUCAUGUCCGGCUGAGGGCCGGUACGGGCAUUGGAACUGGUCAGGAUGGUGAUGAACGGGUGAAGAAACAAAGAUCAUCCUACAGUUUUUUUUUACCCUGUCACAUAAACCCUCUUUUUGCAGUUGGCCUCUACAUUCCUGCCCCUCCUCAUUCCAUGGAUUAGUUUUCCACAUUUAAUUUAAGAAGUGCCUUUACAUUCCCAUCAAAAGACCACAAAUAAUCUGGCUGUUGCUCCCAAUUAUGUUGUUUGCAUUUAAAUAAAUGUUUUCCCUGAAAACUUA